GGGCAGAAAAGUCAACAUCGCUAGACCGAUCGAGUAGGCUCAGGCCUAGGCCCUAUGUGAGUAAACUUUCAACAACAAAUUGUUGGUGUUGUGUAGCAAAGUCUCUUGAAAUUUCAUUCCAAGUUCACCUGGCAAGAAGAGUAGUACCAAAAUGGCUGAUAGUGAUACAAGUUCUGAAGCGAGUAGGAUGGAGGUCGAUCCAGUUCAGAUUAGGGCUCAGUCAGCGGCCAGUGUACAUGAAUUUUCAGAGGAAGAAGGUCAACUUAGGCGAUCAAAUAGCGCCCCCAUGAUAAAUGGACCGAGUGUCAAUGAGGAGUCACUUGUGUUCCAACCAUCACCAACCAGGGGGAGAGUUAGAAGGUUUAGUGCCAAUUUAACGCCGAAUUCAUCUAAACCGACUUCUGCACCAAUCAGAAUCCCGUCCAGGAUAAAUCAAAUCAAGCAAGAGGAAAGUAUUAAUAUAUCACAGCGAGAAACAGAACAUGAAAGGAUGAAAGCAUUAAAUCCCUAAGGAAUGACAACCACAAGAAAAGUUUUGCGGAUCCUUUGAGCAUAGCAACAUCAUUAUCUGUUUCUAUCUGCUCGUCGCCAUCUCCAACAAGAAUUUUACCAAAACAAUGCUUUUCUCCAUCGAUGCAACAUCGUAGCACAGGCAUGUCAUCCCCAAGUCCAAUUCCAAGCCCAACUACGCAAGUGUAUCGUGCACGUAGUAUGAGUCCAGUGUUACGACCUGGAACUUUAAACUUCAAGAGGAAAUUGGACAGUGAUGGUGAAGCCAGCCCACCGAAGAAACUCUUUAUGUGCUCUCCCAACUCCCAUUCACAUUUGAGCCUACAAGUUGCAGGCAGCCAUGCUCGACUACCCAGCGGCUUACCAUCAUCAACAAGAGCCAUGGACACUAGCCCUUCCGACCACCUUCCUAUUGUCACCACUUCCAGCAUACCCACCCAACCAUCGUCGUCCUGCUUUGCAUUUAGUGCUAUUUCAGAUGCUGGUGUAUGAAGCUUGGUGUGCACAGGUAGCGAGAUAUCCCAGAAUUGUGAGGACGCACUGUACUCACAAACAUAGAGGAACACAAUUUGCCAUCAAGGUAUUUGAGGGAGUUGUGCAUUUUCUCUUUGUAUAUUCAUAGCUUGUAUAUUUUUAUCCUGACAUCUAGGUGAAUUCUAAACAAAACACAAAAAACACUGCCCUCUAUAGUUCGAUCAUUUACCUAAUAAUACAUAAAACCAGCUCGCCAUUUUUCUUUUAAGUAUCAGAAAAUAGAGAGGAAAAACAGAUUUUACAAAUUUACAUUAUAUAUCGCCAGUCAAUUGUUAAAAGAAAAUCAUAAAAAAAACCUGGAACUAUGCUAUCCAAAAUACAAAUUCCAUACCUACUGUUACUAAUAACCGAAAAAAAGCUGUGUAUGCUUCAAGUUUCUGUUAAGUGUAUUGUGGUUAUUAUGAGGUGAUGACAGUGCCCAAUUAAUAUCACUACCUAUUCAUAGUGUUAUCACUACAUUUGCUAUUUAAUAAUGGCAUGACUUUCAAUUGCGUAAUGAUUUCAGUGAAAGGUAAAUAUUAUAUUGUAUAGAUAUAAAUAUUUUUAAUAUACACAACCCAAAUUAAAUUACCAGAAUCGGUAACUUAUAAGGAACACAAAUUAAAAACAAUUAUGAUGUUGCUGAUUUGUUGGGGUUGUGCGAGUGAUGAGACAAUGAGGAUGAUGAUGGACAAGAUAGUGAAUGGUAGGUAUUUGUAGGUAAUUGAUAAAAAGAUUGAUAAUAAAGUUUACCUUAAUAAAAAGAUUUAACUUCAACACUUAUUAUAAUUAAUAAUGGAUUUCUUAUUUUUUAAGGAAGUGUUAAAACAUACAGUAUAAGAAAUUCCACAUUCUUAAUUCUUUGUUCUUAAUGACUUAUCCAAUUAUCCUAAUUAUUAUUAGUAAUACUAUUUUUAAAAGUAAAUAAAGCAAUUGUAAUGAAUCUGGAAUUAAAUUUUCAUUGGGAGAGUGAGAUGGGGUUAAAUAGCUGUAAUUUAAAGAUUUUGAUUUUUAGGACCUUUGCUUUAAAUACAAUGGUCAGUGUUUAUCCAGACAUAACAGAUAUUGACAUAUGACUUGUGACAACGCUGGCUGAUGCAAAUGUCUUAUUUGUAGCACCUAUAUUUUGUAAAUUGAUCACUCAUAGUGUGAAAUAGAAAUAUAUAAAAAUAAGUAACAAAAAAACAAAACAAAUUAGGGCAUGUGCAAAGAUUUUGUAUAUAUUGUAUAUUUUGUAUUUUUCAAGUGAUACAGAUAAAGAAUUUUGUGUUGGAGUUUUUGUAAUUUACUUUUCUUAAUACAAGGGACUUACAAUUAAGAUAGCAAAUAGUGACAUCACCAUUAGCUUUUAAUACUAAGCUAAUGAAUACUUGUGAGUUACAAUGUAUGUUGGAGCAUCUGUUGGACUUUUUAAGUAUUUGACUUUUCCCAACUGGAUAACAUUAUUUUUCUAGUACCAUAUGGAUUAUGGAAUAUAUUAGUCUUCUGUAUAGUGGGAAAAAUAAAGCAUUUAAAAAAAACCCAAUAUUCUAUGGCUCAUUCUGAUGCCAGUCAAUGGCUCAUUCUGAUGCCAGAAUGUAUGAAUAUAGCUAUAUACGGAUGUAUCCAGGGUAAUGACUUUCAGCUUCUUAUUAUGCCUAGUUACGACAUUUUAUAAAUUCCUACAAAUUAUCGCAUUGAUUUGAAGUGCACAAAAUUUGAAAGGGCUAUAACUUUCGAAGUCUUUAGCAAUUUCAAGUAUAACUUUUAAGUAUAAUUUUUUUCUCUUAAUUAUUUAUUAUAAGCUUUGGUCAACAACGAAAACUACAUGAAAUGUUGAUUAGAUAUGAGGUAUCUAUUCAGAAGUAACUAUUUUUAGCACUACAAUGAUCAUCAGCCUUACUUCACCCUUUAUGUAGAAGCCUACUCAGAAAAAUAUAAUUAGACUGCCUUCUAAGGUAUAUAUUUUAGGUCAAAGGGUAAAACUUAUGAAUAUUCAUUAUUUUUCGUGAUAGUAGACAUGCUAGCAGUUAGUAGAGCAGUGCACCCUCUAUUGACACUUGUGUUAUAUGCUGACACAUGAAAGCAUGAAAUCAUGUUUUAAUUAAUUACUAUUGGAUUAUGGGAUGUACUAAUUCAAGUAUAUGAUUUGUGAUGUUGCAAUGAUUUUGCAAAAUGACAUACAGUGCUUAAAUGAAGUUUGAGAAUUAUGACGUCAACUACAUAAAAACCUUAGAAAAAUUUGAAACAAAAAAAAAAGUUUAGCUAAGGGACACUCCUAAAAAUGUUUAUUUGGGAGUCAGUCAGUACUGGUGUUUUAACAUCAUAAUAACCUUGUUUGCACAAGACAACGUCAUUAUCGCAGGAUAAGCAUCGUGAAAAAUGAUUGUCACGGAAACUUGCACACUUUGUAUUGGUCAACAUCAGAUGCUUUGACCAAGAAAAUAGCUGCCCAAAGCUUCAUAUUUGGACACCCAAGUACAUCGGUGUGAGCAGUAACCACCAAUAUUCUUCAAUUAUAUCAUUAAUGUAUAAAUCAAAUGUUUAUUACGGAAAGAAAUGAAUAUUUUGUGCUAAUUCCGUAUUUUUGUGAAAGCUCUUUUUGAUUGGUUGAUCCAUGCACUGUAGGGUGUGAUAUUUAUUAUGUGACUCCUCUGAGAGCAUUUGAUAGAGUGCCUUAUUAUAAUGCCACAUUUAUUGAAUUGAAUACAGUUUGAUAAAAGUCUGAUAAAACCAUUGAUGAAUUAUUAUGCAGAUUGUUUUCAAAACAUAAUGGUAUAUAGUGCAUUUGUUUGCUUUUUUAUUGGAAAUAUUGUUUUUUGGGGAACGGGCUAUAAAUACAAAGUGCUGAAAUGAUGCAAAUACCGAGACAUGGCUAUUAAAAAAUAUAUAUAUAUAUUCUUGGUCUUUUUAUAUGUAUCUGUAGUUGAGACCCAAUUUGCCUUUAUCCUGGGUUUUUGAUGUAAAAUAUUUUUAAAAUAAUGUUUGCUCUAUUAACUCAUAUAUAUUUUAAGGCCUCAAUAAUGUAUUUUACAUGCCAACGGUACCAUAAUCUUUCAAGAAAAAUAUAUGAGAAAGGCAUUUGAGGCAUUCAUUACUUUAUUCAUGUUUUUUUUAAAUUUUUGUUUGGGUCAGUGAACAUGCCUAAGAGGACUAAAGCCAUUUUCCCACCAGGCAGAUUUAUUCAUGUGAAGCAAAAGGUUUAGAACGUAUGCAUGUGCAGUUUAAUUUCUUGCGCAAGUCCUUCUACAGAUUGUUGUGGUUGACUUUGACGAAUUCUGGAGAGAAGAGUUUCUACUUCUUGUGAUGCCAUAAUGCACCGCCAAUCAAAGCUUCACAAAAGAGUUAUCGCCUUAAUUACAUGAGCACAGAAUUGAAUUGUUGCUUGUACACAUAACCAUGGCAACGUGGCAGUAGUGAUUAUGAUAUUAAAUAAAUGCGUAUCGCGAAGUUUUUUGCUUAUGUGGAAAUUAAUUACCCACUCGCAUAAUUUUUUUUUCGUAGCAAAACUUUUUGUGUUGCGAGAACAAAUUUGCCUCAAUAGUGGAAACUGUUUUUAUUGCAUGGUACACAUUGUAAUCUCCAUUCUAUUUAAUUAUAUUUCUUUAUUCUUUAUACUGGUGAACCUGUUCAAUAAAGAAUCUACUGUUCUCCAACAGGGAUGAUGUUCGCUUGUACAUAAUUGAAAUCAAUAUAUACUAAAUUUUUAAUUAGGUAAUUAAUAAUUUGGUAAUUUGGCACAUUAAUUUUUCAUUAUAUUGGAAGACUAACAGCAUUCUAUGUAUAUAUACAGAAUUACAACACCCUCCUAUAAAUGUAUGUCAAUAUUAACAAGGAGAAGCGUCCAUGUAAACAAUAGAAAUAAGUUGCCGUCAUAUGUAUACAAUACAAAGUCGAGCUUCUCUUAAUGCAUUUAUACAAACAUUACAUAGAAUGAUGACUAUUCCAUGUAUGUAAAUAAUACAUACAGUAGACGAACACCAUUUUGCUAAUUAUGUAAACAAUAAAUAUAAUUAUGAUUCCGUGUACAGUAUGUAAACAAUACAUACAAAUCAGGGGUUUCAUUAGUAGCCAGCAGCCAGCGACUUCAACCGGUUACUACACUUUUUUUGCUGGCUACUUCUUAUCCAUUUCUUAAUUAUUAUAUUAUUUGAUUUACUUUAGUUACAGAGUUUAUAUUGUAAAAGUUGUGAUUAUGUUGGUGGUGCUAAAAGAAUCCCAGGAGAGCCAAUCUCAGCCCUUCAAAUGUAUUAAUAUGCUUUGGCUUUGUGGGCUUUUCCCCUGCACCCCUAUCGGGCCGUUGCCCCUCGACCCCCAGAGUCUCUCCUGUAACGCUUGCUCAUUCAAAUGAGCGUCGUUCUAUGUGUACAGUCAAUACAGGUAUAGAGUUAAAAAUUGCUAAAAAUUACAAAAGAAAAAGAUGAAAAAAAUUAAGAUACAUGGUAUUACCACGCUAAGAAACGCAACAUGGAAAAAUUAUAAACAAUUGGUUGUAGAGCAAAAAUCUGUUGGCCAUUUAUAUGUUUGUAUUAAAAGAAAUCUUGCUUUCUUUCCUACUUAAAGUAGUCAAACAAGGGCAGGGUAUGUAGAAUGUGUUAGUUGCUCAUUGCGACAGUGAUAUUCAGUAUUUUUAAUGGUGUUUAUUAGAGUUUAAACAGUAGCUUGACUUCAGGUCUCUAUAGCACCUAGAAAGACUACCAUCUCUGAUCAUUAGGAGUUAAAGCAUUUUCAGUGUCUGUAGGUUGUUGUCUCCAUAAGAGCUGAAAGUAUACUGUAAUGAUUGUCAUUGUUUCAAACUGUUUUUACAUUUACAUAUUAUUUAUGUGUACAUAUACAUUGUGUUAUGAAGCGAUAUGAAGAUAAUAAUGUGUAAUACUAUGUCCCCAGUGUUUGUUUCGUUUUGGAUGACAUCAUUUCAGCUGUGAGCGGGUGUUGCCUAAUUAUAUAUUGAAAGAAAAUGCCUAUGCUACUAAAGUACAGUGCAAAAUAAAUGACCUCAUAUAAAUGUGAUUUAAUGUGAUAGUUUACAGACGAUUAUAGUGAAAACCCAUACAAAAUUUCAGAUCAUUAUAAGGAUAUUUUACAAAUUAUGAAUACAGUAGUAUUUUUCCAGUUAAGUCCCACAAACGGUAAAUCCUUGCAUCCAGAGUUAACGAUUGAGUAUACAUAUUAUAAAGGCAUCAUGACCAAUCAAACGAUUGAGCUUAAGAUGUUGCCAUUUUCAAAUGCAAGUAAGUGGGCUCACCAUGUAACGAUUUGACUAAUAAUCAUAUCAGCAUCGGUUUUGUAUAUCAGAACGUGAUACUUGUUGAGAUGAACAAUUACUGUGGUAAUUGUUUAAAUGAAUGAUAGGCCUAAGUCUGAUUGAUUGGAUUUUAUUUUUCAGUGUGCUUCCCAUAUGCUACCGCGACUCUAUAAUAUGUUAGCCAUGGCUUCUCUAUGCAAACGCCAUAAUAAAUUGACGAUUUUAGACAAAA